CAUAACCAUCCCAAACCAUUAUUAUCAUCUCUCGUGGUAGCCUGAUUUUCUGGUGGAAAUUGAUUGUGAUUUAGCUCCAUGGAAGAAAUUCUUGUAGUGCCAUGGAAGAAUUCUUGCAGAUUAAUCUGAAGAUAGAAGAAUAUGAUAUAACGGAUAUUCAAAACGCUGAUAAUGUCGAUCGAGCAAUCAAAACAUUAGUUCCAAACUGUAUCGCUACAAAUGAAUCAAUCGAUAUUGAAGGGCAUGGUGCAAAUGCGACUUAUGGUUCGGAGAGCUUAGAGCAAUCAGAUCAUAGCUGCAACGAAUUUAAACAAAGCGGUGCACGGAAUGACCUGCAGAACAACGAGAAUAAGUCCCACAGUUUGCAGACAAUAAUUUCUUCCCUUCCUACCGUUGAUUCCACACCACCAUAUGAAUGUGAGAUUUGUGGGAAACAAUAUCUCCAUAAGAAAAGUCUUGUUAAACAUAAUUGGCUACAUCGGGGAGAACGGCCCUUCUGUUGUGAAUUCUGCGGUAAAGAUUUUGCCAAAAAAUUUAUCCUAAAUGAACACAUGCGCCUUCAUACGGGUAUCUAUCCUUACAACUGCGAUGUGUGCGGCAAAGGAAUCAAAGACCGUUUUCGUUUGGCAAAGCACAAGCGCACCCAUAGCGUUGAGCAGUUGAACACCGAUGAAGCCGGGAAUCCGGCCAGCAGUCUGCAGGCAUCAUCUAUCUCAACAAUCGAACACACACGGCCACACAAGUGCGAGAUUUGCGAUAAACGAUACAUCGAGAAGAGGCAUCUUGUAGAUCAUAUGCGGGUUCAUCGAGACGAAAGACCUUACUGCUGUGAAGUCUGCGGCAAAGCAUUCACCAGGAGUGAUAUACUAUUUAAUCAUCGGCGUUCACACAUGGGUGAAAAACGGUACAAAUGCACCAUAUGCGGCGCAGCUUUUGCUCAAAGCGGUUCUCUAAUAGGUCACAAUCGUAUUCAUACGGGAGAGCGGCCGUUCAGUUGCACCGAGUGCGGUAAAACAUUUGCAAGAAAAUGUACCCUUACCGAUCAUAUGAACCUUCAUACGGGUGAUUAUCGGUACAAGUGCGAUGUGUGUGGCAAAGGAUUCAAAGACGGCUCUGGUUUGUCAAGACACGAGCACAUUCAUACCUUUGGACCACGGCCAAGAGGAAAAAAACGUGUAGCCGGCAAUACACGGGACGACGUACCAAAUAACAGGAAACAGACCAAACGCUCGCAGGCAGUAUCUUCCACGUCAACCAACGAAACUACACAGACACACGAAUGUGAGCUUUGUGGUAAAUGUUACUCCCAUAAAAGGAGCCUUGUCGAACAUAUGCGGGAUCAUCGCGGUGAACGGUCCUUCCGAUGUGAUAUUUGCGAUAAGACAUUCACUAGAAUCGGUACCCUAAAGUCUCAUCAGUAUUCACAUACUGGUGAGAGACCCUACAAAUGCAACGUAUGUGGCAAAGAUUUUGCCUACAACUCUGUUCUAAUUACACACAUGCACCUUCAUACAGGUGAGCGGCAGUACAAAUGUACCGUGUGUGGCAAAGAUUUUGCUCAGAUCGAUUGUCUAACCAAACAUACACGCCUCCACUGCGAUGACAAUCGGUACAAGUGUGAUGUGUGCGGUGAAGGAUUCGAAGACGUUUCUCACUUGAAGGUUCACAAGUGCAAUCAUAACGUUUAGCCACAGGUGAGUCUGUUCUUUAAUAGAACGAUAUCGUAAUGAACAAAUACAAAAAAAAUAAUACAUGAAGCUCUUUUGACUGCUGAAAAUGAAUCUGAUGAGACUCGUGCUGAAUGGAAUAAAUAUUCUGGUUGUCAAUGCUGAUAAAAUACUAUAUGAAUAAUAUUAUAAUCGUUUUCAUUGUGCGAGGUUUUACUUUGAUUCGUUGUUGCACGUUAGCUUCGUGCAUCAGUCGGAAACGAAUGAAACACCUGCAUUGAGUGAUCGCACGUGCCUUGUAUGCGUCGAAUAUUUUGCCAAAAAGUCAUUAGGAAAUAUGAUGUCUGUUUAUCUAUGCAAGUGUGUGGUAAAGGACUUACUACAAGUUCGCACCAUACGUACCAGUAAUUCCAAGAGCAAAAGCUCAAUUAUAUCGGUGAGCGACCGUAACAGUGCGAUAUCUUUGAGCUCAUCAGGAAAUCCCGAUGUUUCUAACAGCGGGAGUGCUAAGUAAUACUCGAGGCAAAUCGUGGUUUCACGGAAGUUUCCACCCUAGUUUUUUAGAAGUGAUAAAAUGUAGUUCAGUAGCACGAUGUGGUUUGGUGUAUUUUUCACGUGUAGAACAAAUAUAUG